GUCCAGCAACCGAAGCGUUCACAGUUUUACCAAGCGAUUAACAAUUAGAGCAUCAUUUGCGGUUUCAUUAUACAUUCCUUCGUUGUUUUUGGUUUUGGCAAUCAUCCUUUUAAAGGUGUUUGGCUACGAUAGGAGCUCUUGCUUGUUGAAGUGCGCCCGUGCAACAUUUUUAUUGUCGGUAAAUUUGUUUUAUUAACGCACCGUGAAAGAAUACAAUAUGAAUUCCAGCCAAAGCUCUGUACAAGAGGAAAAUGCAAGCAGCGCUAUGCAAGCACCUCGCCGCCGAAAAACUACCAGCAACGAAGAUAGAGAGCGCGUGGUAACGGCGUAUGAAAACGGAGCCACUGCAGCUACGAUUAGCGAAAUGUUUAAUUUGAAAAAACCGACUGUCCAUGGUAUCAUCAAAAAAUACCAAACCCAAUGGCAAAUCGAGGCAAAGAAGCGUGGUGGCAACAGAUCUAAACUAUUGUCGCAGCAAGCCGUAAUUGAUGUUCGGAACUGGAUCGACGAGGACUGCACGGUGACGCUUAAAGCACUCGCAGAGAAAGUGUUCGAACAACACGGUGUUCGAGUUUCGUCCACAACCAUAGCGAGGGAAAUAAAAGGAUUCAACUACUCUCUGAAGAUGGUCAAACUGUUACCGGAGCGACGCAACACACCAACGACUGUCGAAGAAAGGAAACAUUACGCUACACAAUUUUAUGAAAUUGCGCGCGGAAUUCCGGAUAAUGGAUUAAUCUAUUUAGACGAAGUAGGAUUUAACGUCAGUAUGCGUACGCUAAAAGGACGAUCGCAGAGAGGAACACCGGCCACCAUCACCGUUCCACAGUUAAGGACUAGGAACAUCUCCAUCAUUUGUGCUAUGCAUCGGUACGGCGUGCUGCUUUACACCACACACACUCGAUCCGUAAACCGUGAACGGUUUAUACAGUUUAUUGAAGAUCUAAAGCAAACCCUGCGAUCGAAGAACAUUAACAGCAGCUACUUCAUAAUGGAUAAUGUAGCUUUCCACAAAACACCCGCAGUAAGAGUUGCAAUCGGAAAUGAUAGCGACAAACCUUUAUAUCUACCACCCUACUCACCAUUCCUUAAUCCUAUUGAAAAUCUUUUCAGCCAGUGGAAGAAUUUUGUGAGGCGAAGCAAUCCUUCAAAUGAGGAUCAAUUGAUGGAAGCGAUUCGGAAUGGAUCCAGGCCGCACAGGAUUGCGAUGGCUACAUUUCGAAUAUGUGGCAAUACAUGUCCCGUUGUUUGAGGGGCGAAGAAAUUU